CCAACAUGGCCACCCACUGAAUAGACAUAGAUGUUUGCUCUCUUGUGCUUAUUUAAACACUGCAAGACAAUGAUAUUGGACAUAUCCUCACUUUAAAAUGAAGCUAUCGCGAGUCGCACGGGUUUUGUUAAGGGGACAUUACGUUUACCGGAGCCCGGGCUUACUGUCAUGUAGUGACCGGGUCAGAUAUGGACCUGUCGUCUUAAAAAACAACUUCUCUGUGUCUGCAGUCAAACACAGCACCGCACUUUAUUACAGAAACCACGGGGACCCAUCACAAGUUAUUCAGUUGAAGUCAUUGGACCUGCCUCAUCUAAGUUCUGAAUGCGUCCUGGUGAAAAUGCUGGCAGCUCCCAUCAACCCUUCUGAUGUAAACAUGAUUCAAGGCACAUAUGCCAUCCUACCUGACCUCCCUGCGGUGGGUGGCAAUGAGGGGGUGGGUCAGGUCAUGGAGGUGGGCAACAAGGUGAAAAUACUCAAGGUGGGCGACUGGGUGAUUCCAAGAGACGCUGGCCUAGGCACAUGGAGAACAGCCGCUGUGUUGAAGGCGGAUGAUCUAGUGACAUUACCUAAAGACAUUCCUCUACUAUCUGCAGCCACUUUGGGAGUGAACCCCUGUACGGCUCUGAGAAUGCUCUCAGACUUUGAGGAGCUCAAACCAGGAGACACAGUCAUCCAGAAUGCAGCUAACAGUGGUGUUGGACAGGCUGUUAUUCAGAUUGCUGCUGCUAAGGGAAUUAAUACCAUCAAUGUCAUUAGAGACAGGCCUGAGCUGCAGCAGCUGUCUGACAGAUUGAGAGCACUGGGUGCCACACAUGUCAUUACAGAAGAAUCACUAAGACGUCCAGAAAUGAAGGCGCUCUUUAAGUCAUGUCCUCGGCCUAAACUGGCACUGAAUGGAGUGGGAGGAAAGAGCGCAACUGAGCUAUUACGUCAAUUACAAAGUGGAGGUAGUAUGGUGACGUAUGGAGGAAUGGCCAAACAACCAGUCACUGUUCCUGUGAGUGCGCUUAUCUUUAAAGAUGUGAAAAUAAGAGGCUUCUGGGUGACCCAGUGGAAGAGGGACAACAGACAUGAUGAAGAUGCUUUACGAAACAUGCUGGAUGAGCUCUGCAUCCUUAUUCGUGCUGGGAAACUAUCAGCUCCAGCUUGCACUGAAGUGAACCUUCAAGACUUCCAAAACGCCCUGGAAAACGCCAUGAAGCCAUACGUUUCCAUCAAACAAGUUUUUGUCAUGUGACCUUAUACACAUGUCUCAAGUCAUGUGUUUUCUUGAGUUCUUAAACUCUGCAUGAUGAUAAUAGAGCAACCCCAAACACACAGACAAUGAAUGUUUCUGUCGUCAAAGUCUAAUACAUUUUAUCAGCUUAGGUUUUGCUGCCUUCACCAAAACAGAGGUAUUUCGGCAUUGUCUUUGAAUACGUUGAGAUUUAUUGCUACUUAAUACUUAUAAGCUUCAUUAGGAUUAUCAGUACAACAGCUCAGAGGUGAAUCUACUUUUACAGUGACCACACACACUGAUAACCAGACAUGUACAGACAAAUUAGAGAUUGUCCAUUUAUUUCAAUGUUACAAAAUGUAUUAAAUUGCAAAUGAAAGCAGUUUACAGUUUUCAAAUGUAAUGCCCUGUAACAGUGAUUGUAUUGCUGAAGGUUGCCAUGUGGAUGGUUGUUGAUCCCAGUGGGUGUUCCUACUGCUGUUCACUCUAAUGUUAUUGGUGAGGUGAUCAACUGGUACGUUUUUGAAUAUCUGGGCAUAAAAUAGGUGUAUCGCCAGUAAAAAUAUGUCAUUGUAAUUUGACAUCAGAUUUCCUGGUGCUAAGAAUAAACAUUCUGAAGGGGAAAGUUUUGUUUUUAAUGUAAACUGCAGCAGUGCUCAAUGCAUCAUGUCCUGAUCAAGGUGUAAAAACUGUCAAUUGUAUGAAUCAAAAUCAAUCUGAAUGCCGACAGAUUCUGACAAGGUUUCACACAUCAUGUUUUAUUAUAUGCCUGCACGUGGACUGACACAAAUCAUAAAAAGCUAUUUAAGUAACAUUGAUUAUUUUAAACAGGGGAUUUUAAACUUUGAUGCCAUGGACCCCCAAGUAUGAUGAUCCCCUUCAGAAGGACCCCCAUUCUAAAAUAUAAAGGCAACUAUGUAUUUGUUUACUGUAUAUCUAGACCCAUUUAUACAGUGUAAAACAAAAAACAGAAGGUUUGAUAAAAAAAAUUAAAUAAUGCAAAAUGAAUAAAAUAUAUGCAUGCAAGCUGUGUGGUGUGAGGUGACUGUCUGUUCCAUGUGGUCCUUGAAUAACAUAUAAUGUGUGAGGAAGGGUAGCCGGUGGAGUCUCUGGUGCCCCCCUAGGGAGUUUGUUUCCUACACAGAGUGCGUAAUAUGCAUACAGUAUACGGAAGGGCUGGUACUGGAAGUGAGUAGCCUAAAUGAUGAGAGAAUUUUCCUUUUUGGGUGAUCUAUCCCUUCAAGUUGAUGGUGUAUCUUUUUCUACUCACAAUUAGAGAAAUGCAAAUGUAUAAAACUGAAAAGAAAAAUUUUCAACUCAAUUCAAAUUAAUUUGGAAAGCACUUCACAUACAAAUUUGGUUCCAAAGGAGCUAUACAGCAAAUAUUCUCUCACAACCCCCGGUG